AUGAGGACGGCCCCACAUCGCUCCUUCAGGCUGAGCCCGGCUGGGCCCAAUGGGGGAAGGCCCAGCCACCAGGCGCUUGCUGGCGAGCACCCAUCCCAGGCCUGGCUCCAGGUAACAGAGAAUUGUCUUUUUGUUCUCUACACAGGAAAGUCCCAUCUGGCCAUUGUCCAAAAAGUCAACAAUGAAGGAGAAGGAGACCCUUUCUAUGAAGUUUUGGGACUGGUCACCCUUGAAGAUGUUAUAGAGGAAAUCAUCAAAUCAGAGAUCCUUGAUGAAUCAGACAUGUACACUGAUAACCGUACCAGGAAAAAGGUGGCCCCAAAUAAAAACAAGAGGGACUUUUCUGCUUUUAAACAUGAGAGUGAAUCUAAAGUGAAGAUUUCUUCUCAGCUCCUCCUCGCUGCCCAUCGCUUCCUAGCAACAGAGGUCAGCUUGUUCAGCCCAUCUCAGAUCUCGGACAAAGUGUUACUGAGGAUUCUGCGACAUCCGGACGUCAUCCAGGAAAUAAAGUAUAAUGACAAUGAUAAACGUUCACUCCAUCACUACGUUUACCAGAGGGGCAAAGCUGUCGACUACUUUGUGCUCAUCCUACAGGUCCUGGGCAGUGGAGAGGGUCACAUAGUGCGUAGGAUAAUUGAGUUAGCAUGCGGCGAGUGUGAGGGGGCUGCACUUCCCACACCACUCAGCAUGUUUGUUCAGGAGCCUGUGGAGAUGUUUGCCCUGCUCCCGAAUAUGACACCUCCUGAUAUGACGGCAACGUGCACAGGAACAUUCCACAAGCACACUCUGGAUUAUGACCAGCUCACACUAUGA